CGGUGUUUGUAUUCAAAAAAGCAAAAYGAGAUAAACUAUUCGAAUAAUUUUUUAUGUAAUAUUGACUUAAAUUAAGGCAAGCUUUAAAUUGGUUGUACGGUGCCAAUAGUGUAAACGACACGUUUUGGGUUCUCUCGGUCUAUAACAUUUUUACACGUUCAUCGCACUAUAGUUCCGUAGUAUAGCGAGAGCGGAGUGUGUUUUUGUAAAAAUUCGGUUUCAAGUUAUUUUGCGUGGACUCAAUAGUUUUUUGGAUAAAAUGGAAAACAUAACCAAAAUGUGGAUGGGUCCACUGCCAGCGGAUUCACCUUACGUGAAACCAUUUAGACUAUACUAUGUACAGAAUGGAGUCGAAAAGAAUUGGGAUUUAUUAAAAGUUCAUGAUAGUGUUGCUGUAAUUUUGUUCAACACGACAAGACGAGUUCUCAUUUUCGUUCGUCAAUUUCGACCAGCUGUCUUCCAUAGCGUCGUUACCUCAACCGGAAGUGAUGUUGGCGAAGUAGAUUUGCAAAAAUUUCCUCCGAAAAUCGGAGUCACAUUGGAACUGUGUGCAGGUAUUGUGGAUAAAAACAAGAGUUGGAGUGAGAUUGCUCGGGAAGAGGUACUAGAGGAGUGCGGUUAUGACGUGGCUGUUGAACGUAUUGAGGAAGUGUUGACCUACAGGUCGGGUGUAGGCUCUUCUGGCGCAUUACAGGUGAUGUAUUAUUGCGAAGUUACGGAUGGUGAUCGGGCUACUAAAGGUGGUGGUGUUGAUGAUGAGAUGAUCGAUGUGGUUGAGUAUACAAUUGAGGAAUCUAAAGAGUUGAUAAAACAAGGGUCAAAGAUAAAUAGUCCACCCAGUUGUCUCUUAGGUAUCAGUUGGUUUUUAAUGAAUAAAGCACCAAAACUGGUAUGCCCUAGUAAAUAUUGAAUUGAAGCAUAGAAUAGGGGGAAAAAACAACAAUCAAAAAAUGCAAAACAUUCAUUCUACCGGAUUUUAUAGAAUUAAAUUCCACAUAAUAUAUAUAUUAUAAUUAAAUACAAUUUAUGUAUGUAUAUACAGAUAUAAAUUAAAUUGUCUUUAAUUCAGUCUUUUGAAUGCUAUUAUGAAUAAAAAUAUCAAAAAGA